GGCUCGGCAGCCGAGAGAAAGGCGAACGGGAGAAGGCGGAGAGAAGCUGAGGAGGGACGCCACAGCACCGCGGGCACACCGGCGAAGCUACGGCUACAGCUGCUCUUUGCACAGGACGAUAACGUCAAGAGCGCAGGACACUCCUGGGGGGCUCCCGCUAGCUGAAGAAGAGGAGGUGGAAGGAAGGGGAGGGGGCAGUUACUCUGAAACUACCGUGAGGAUUACAGAGAGCCACCGUCACAGCUGCUUUCACCCAGAAGUUGGCCUACAGAAGACGCUAUGCUCAUGUCCUGAACUGAGGGAGCCCUGACUUCAUCUUCAACCUGUCACUUGUCUCAGUUUGUUCCUUCACAACUGAUCAACUGUCCAUCAGUCACCGAGCACCAACAACAAGCACCACCACCUCCACCUUUUCCCCACCCCCCUCCUGCCCAGCCUCCCGUCACCAUGACGUCGGAGCUGGAGAGCAGCCUGACCUCCAUGGAUUGGCUUCCUCAGCUGACCAUGCAGGCGGCAAUCCGCAAGGCGGACGCCCAGAAUGCCCACGGGCCAGGCAUGGGCAAGAAGAGUACCCUACUGGAUCCUAACACCACGUUGGACCAGGAGGAGGUGCAGCAGCACAAGGAUGGCAAGCCACCCUACAGCUACGCCAGCCUCAUCACGUUUGCUAUCAACAGCUCGCCAAAGAAGAAGAUGACACUGAGCGAGAUCUACCAGUGGAUCUGUGAUAACUUUCCCUACUACAGGGAGGCGGGCAGUGGCUGGAAGAACUCAAUACGGCACAAUCUGUCAUUGAACAAGUGUUUUCUCAAAGUGCCUCGCUCCAAAGAUGACCCAGGAAAGGGCUCUUACUGGGCCAUCGACACCAACCCAAAGGAGGAUGCCUUGCCUACACGGCCAAAGAAGAGGCCGCGGUCUGGAGAGCGGGCUUCUACGCCGUACAGCCUGGAGUCGGAGUCUUUGGGGAUGGAGUGUAUGAUCUCUGGAAGUGCCUCUCCAACGCUGGCAAUCAACACUGUGACUAACAAGGUGGCGUUGUACAACACAGACCAGGAAGGGAGCGAUAGUCCAAGAAGCAGCCUUAACAACAGCCUGUCUGAUCAGAGUCUGGCCUCUGUCAAUCUCAACAGUGUGGGCAGUGUGCACAGCUAUACACCGGUGACCAGUCACCCAGAGCCCGUGUCCCAGUCUAUGAGCCUCCAGCAGCCCCCACAGUCCCAAUACAACUUGCCAGACAGGGACAAGCAGCUCCUGUUCUCUGAAUUUGAAGAUCUCAGUGCCUCCUUCCGCAGCCUUUACAAGUCUGUUUUUGAGCAGUCCUUCAGCCAACAAGGUCUCAUGGGCAUACCGUCAGAUUCCUCCCAGCAGACCCACACCUCCUGCUCCUAUCAACACUCCCCCAGUGGCACCAUUAGUACACAGAACAGCCUGUCAAACAACCAACCCAACAGCCACCCCAACAGCCACUCCGCCAACAGUGGCCAGGUGCCCCUGUCCCAUCCUGCCCAAGCCCACCCCGGCCACGGCUCGCCCCACGCACCGCACCUCCCGCAGCACGGCGGCCCCCACAACCAACACAACCAACACACCCAGCACAGCCAACACAGUCAGCACCAACAGCACUCCCAGCACCCCCAGCACGCUGCGCACUCCCAGCACGGGCAGCACCCAUCGCAGCAUCCGUCCCAUGGCCAGCACCCACAGCAGCACACGCCACACCCCUCCCAGCACACGCAACACAGCCAGCACCCUUCUCAACACGGACAGCAUCAGAGCCUCUCCCACCAGCCCCAUCCUACCCAGCAACAGAUGGCCUGCAACACAGGUUUACUGUCUGACUGGUACCCAAAUCUGGAUGCACUGAAAGAAAGCUGUCGUAUUGCUAGCAGCUAUAACUGGGCUGAUGUCGACCUUUCACCUUUCCAAGGGUUAAGAGAGAGUAUGAGACAAGCGGAGUUGAACAAUUGGUCCCUGGAACCCACCCAGAUCGCAGACCUCUGCUCAUCCAUCAACCAGUUUUUUGCCCGCACCGGUGUAAUCCAGCCACAGGGGGCAGUGCAGCCCUCCGUUUGCCAUGGCUCCAUGCACACCAACAAACCAAGCCAGCACCUCAACACAGGAAAUCUCUACAUGGACUCCAGACAGAGCAUGUCCAUGAUGGGUCCUCCAGGAUAUCCCCACAUGCCCCCCAUGAGCAGUGCAGGACCCACUAUGACAGGACACCAUGCACAGAUGAACCAGCAGCACAUGAUACCUACCAGAAACUUCCAGAUGCAUCGCAUGCCAGCUGACGACAUCCAGGACGACUUUGAUUGGGACUCCAUCGUCUAGCCCCUAGACCUCCUUUUUUCAAACAAAAGGGAGCGAGGAGAGGAGGUGGAAGCCAGAGGAAGCCAGGCUGAGCUGAAAGGCCACAGGAGGAGGAGGAGGAGAAGGAGGCCACUGUGGGUGGGAUGCAGAAGAACAUUUGACAAGCUUUGGAGAAAGACAAGACUUCAGAGUCCUGACAUUUUUACAAAAGCAAAACAUAAAUAGAAAAUGUUACUUUGAAGACAAUCAUAUUUAGUCGGACAUGUUAAAGUGAUUGCUUACGUACUUGUCUAGAGACAAGUAGAACACAUUCACGUCUAAACCACAUGCUCCUCAGCUCCUCAGCCAGCCCUCUCCCCGUCCCUAGCCAGCUGCCUUCCAAAGUCUGAACCCCUCUCCCCCCCGACCCCCUGCUCCGUAACUGUUAUGUGAUUCGAGCGAUGUGUUCAGCUUGUAAUUCUUCUCGUGUUGACAUUGGCCUCAGCUGUCUCUUGGAUGAGUUUAUCUCUCUAUUUUAAAAACGAUUUUGUUCUUUUAUUUUCUGUUUUUAAGAAACACAGGCCGUCUCUGUGAGUAAUGUGAUGGUGCUCGUCGGUGAGAAAGUGGGCCCCGCUGUGGCUGAAUGGGUGGUAAAGUAAAAGUUAGGUUUACAAUAACUGAGGUUUUGAACAGGGUGUUAAAUGUUUAAGGCUUGAUAUUAAACAAACCGAGAGAGACAGAAAGAGGGAGAAAGAUCACCAAGUAUCGUGAUCUGUUUUCAUAGCCAACCAGUGUGAUCAGGCUCAUUGCAACAGACUAGUUAUGGGAGUACAACUUUGUUUUUCUUAGUUCUCUGUCUCAAGCACUUCAAGAUGAGUGAAUAUGAUGAGUGUGAGUAGGUGUUGAUAGCAGGGAAGUCGGACAAUUUUUGUCUUUUUAAAAUUCAUUCAACCCAAAGUAACCUGAGUUUUAGGUAGGUUCUCUGUGUGCAUCGUGUGUUUGCUCCACCAGUCAGAAGCUGUUGUAACAUUAAAGAGUUUUAAUAGUAAAGUUCAUCAGUUUUACAUGAAUAGCCUAUUGAUCAUUAAACAAGCCUUCAGUAGCAAUUAAAUUGAGUCCAAUCUACACAUUGGCAAGGUGAUAUUUUCUUAGCUUAUCGCCGAUGUGUCAGUAUUGGCUUAUGUGUCAGCCAAUAAGUAAAAAGAAACUGCAAAACAUGUAUGAGGUAAUUUAGAAACUGUGUUUCAGUUACACAGUUUAUCGACCAGAGAGUGUUUCCAGGUACAUUUUUAAACUGUACUGUAUCUUCUGCUCAGCAAAUAUCAUAAAAUCAUGAAACAGAAACUAAAUUGUUUGUUGGCAGAAAUGGUGAUAUCAGUCCUAUUUUUUAUACUCUCAAAUGCAUCGGCCAAAAUCAGUUGGGAUCCAGCAAGACGGGUUUUGUAAAAAAAAAAAAAAUGAACAGUUCAGGUCAGUGGGGUUUGAAUUUAUUAAAGGAAUAGCUCAACAUUUUUAUUUGCUUUCUUGCUGAAACUUGGAUGAGAAUUUUUUGGGAGGGGCGUUGUUAUGUGCCAGACUGUUUUUUGGACAGGUGCAGCGACUUCCUGGAGAUAUAACGUGAUAACGAGUGACCGCCAGAGGUACUGGUAGGUGGAUUUUUGGUUACCUUUGGACGAGCCACACUGGCUGUUUCCCGGAGUUUCCUGUAUUUAUGCUAAGAUAAUCUAACCGUCCUCUGGCUGUAGCUCCAUAUAUGUCCCUACAGACAUGAGAGUGGUAUCAAACUUCUCAUCUAACUUUCCCAAGAAAGUGUAUAAGCAUAUUUCCCAAAAUGUGGGACUAUUCCUCUAAACAAUAAAACAACACAUCAAACAUCAAUCAUAUAAACAAUAUUAUAAUCAUUAUAAUAACAACAGUAAAGAUCAUGUAUGCCAAUUUUAGAGUAAUCAUUUUAAGCCUCACUGACUUGAAACAAUUAAGAGACAAAUAAAAUAUAUAACUAAUAAAAAUCUCAUGCUAGCCUCUGUGAAAGCUUUUUUGAUUGAUUAAUGAUCAGUAGGAUAUUCAUGAUGUAGAACUCUCAUAAGCAUGACUUUUAUGGUAAGUUUCUUUGAUUUGUAAAAUGAGUUGCAUCCAAAGUCACCUACUGUACAUCAGAAUGAGUUUUUGAUGCUACCCUAAGUGUUUAUUGUCACUUCAGACAUCAAUGUUUUGUUGUGAUAGAUGCCGUAAGAUGUUGCUAUUAUACAAUCAUAAUAGAAUGAGAAAUGUGACUCAUAGUACAUAAAGAGUGGAUGUGUGUGUGAGUGUUGCUUGAACAUAUGGUGUGUGCGUGCGUGUGUCUUUUGGUUUUAUUGUAAUUUUAGGGCUAUGGUCGAUUGCUGUAAUCAUCUCUAUACUAUCUAUGAGCACAAAAGCAGAUGCACACAGUGAUUUAAAGACUAGAUUUGAGAUUUAGCAUUUUUGUGAGAAGGGUUUCUCAAACACAGAACAGGGAGAUCAGCGUUUCUGGAAACCUGUCUUCUGUGUCCUGUAACAAGUGACUCCUCAAUCAGCCAGGUGCUGAACUUUAGAGACACUAUGUUUAAAAAAAAAAAAAAAAAAAAAAAAAAAAAAAGGAAAAACAAGCCCUUUGCACACCUUCACUUUUUGUUGAUCUUAACUGUUUUUUAAGAUGCAAAGCACCUCCUGGGUCUAGCAAGCUAUUCACUCAUAUUCUCAUUCAUUCAUUCAGACACAGUAAGACUAUCUGACCCCUUGUGGCAAUUGUGAGGCAUUGUCUCCAUUUGAUAAUGAAAAGGAUUAUUUCUCUCUCCAACUACUAAACUGUGUAUGGUGUUUUGCAUCUAUGACACUGUGUGUCCUUGUUUAAAGAAGUAGUUCAACAUUUCGGGAAAUACACUUUUUUUGCUUUUUUGCCUAGAGUUAGAGAAGAUUGAUACCACUCAUAUCAGUGUGGCAACUAUGAGGCUACACGAAGCAGACGGGUAGCUCAUCUUAGCACAAAGAAUGAAAAUGGGGAAAUUUAUGCUAAGCUAAACUAUUUAUCUCCUGGCUGAAGCUUCAUAUUUACCUUAUAGACGUGAGAGUGGUAUCAAAGAUCUCAUCUAACUCUCAGCAAGAAAGCAAAUAAGAUGAUUUUCUAAAAUUUCAAACUAUUUCCUUGAGGCAAUUUAGCUACUAGGGACUCCAGUAGUGACCGUAGUUUUAAUUUCAUAUUGGGAUGACAAUCAUGGAUUCUUUUUUUAUGAUAUUGCAUAAUGUCUUUGUUAUUGUGAGAAAAAGCACUUUCAAGUCUCACGAUUGUUUUAUUGGAUAUUAUAGAACCAUACUUUUGAACACAUAGAAAGUUUUGUGAAACUAGAACCAGCCCAGUUUUAUACUGUAUAUCUUCUGUUGAACAUGCAGAUGAAGUCAAGUUCUCUUCUUUCAACUGAUGAUACUGCCGUUCAUUUAUAUUUUCAGCAAAUGUUUUUUCUUUUUUUGUUUACCUGCCAAUCAUACCUGUUCACACCUGCUUCUUUCUUGCUUUGUUUUGUCUGUCUUUGUAUAUCAAAUGUCCACUUUUGUGUGGUAAAUUGCCUCGCCUGUGGAUCUCAACUGAGUUUUUAAUCUUUGUUCAACUGCCAGAAUUUCAUAAUUAGUGCUCAGACAUGAUACUUAGUCAGUUGGGUGACCCAAAUCAUGACUCUUUGAGGUGAGUGUGGGCCAAAGGACUGCAGCUGAAGACGGCAGUGAAAAAGAGCCAUCAGUGUGUUUUCAUUAAGACUCUAUGGACCUGAAAUAGUGAACAUCCUGUAAGUCCUGGGUUGGUGUGAGGGUGAAGUGUGGUUCAGCUCUUCCAGGUGAAGACUGUGAGCACACAAGCUACCAUUUACACACAUCAGCCCAGAGGAAAUCAAAAGAAUUGAGCGAAUGGAUGUGGAUAAAAGGGGAAAAGGUGAAGACAAUGACUGGAUCACAAUCACAAUUUUACAUUAAGUCUGUAUGCGUGUGCGUGUGUGUAUUUGUGUGUUUGCUUGUGUGAGUUUAAGUUCUUUUUUUUUCUUCUUUUUUUUUUCUUUUCAAAAGACGAUUUAAGUUUUUAAAUACCGCUGGACAUGUACCUGCCAGAGAGAUUAUUAUUAUUGGGAAAAAAAAGAUGAAAAGAUAAAAAAAGCCUUGUUACAAUAUGGGAGAGAACUGCCAACAAGUACUGCUGAUUGGGGCCUGUUUUAUUCAGUGCUGGUGUGUUGUUGUGCUUGUACAUAUAUGUCUUUUCAAUCAUCCCUUUUUUCCUCUUGGGGGUGGGGUAUCAAGGCAGGGGGUGGGUGUUAUUCACAAAAGAGAGGAGGGAAAAGAAUAGAGUAUUUUGCUAUUGUCCAAUCAGAGGGUGACAGUAUGUAUAUAUAUCUAUAUUGUAUAUAUGUGAUGAAAAUGCGUUGGCUUUUUGUGUGACACUACCUUUUACCUGUACUAUGGUUCUACAUUCAGUGUUUCAGUGUUGAUAAUAUAUAUUUGGUUUGUGUUUUAUUUUUGUUUAUUUUUUUUUGUUUGUUUUUGUUUUGUUUGUUUUUUUUAUUUUGUCUUUGUCAUUUCUUGUAUUUUUUUCUCCUAUUUGUCCUUUUUGUUUAUUGCACGGUUUAUUACUUUUGUUGUCCGAUGAGGUGACACAGCUACUCUUUGUAUUCGUUUAGUGCUGUAAAAUAACUCAAGUGUUAUUAGAAUUGUCGAUACCACCGCCCACCCCACCCCCUUCCCCAAUAUGCAUGAAUGGCACUUAAAGAAAUAAAAUAUGGUAACUUCA